AUGGAUGUAGCAUCAAUUGCGGUCCAAGUACGUAGGUUCGGCAAGUGGCCAGCCCAACCACGGCCGAAACCCUCCGAGGUACGUAGUACGUCCUGUCCAGCUCUGGCAGUUGAGGAUAAUGUAGUUGAUGGGACGAAUAACAUCCUCGGAGUUGCCAACUUGUACUUUAUGGUCUGCGGAAACUUUGCUUGUGUAAACGCAGCACCUAUGGCUUUUCGCUCCAACUGCGUUUUUUCAACGCUUGAUUACAUCCGGCGGCUAUACCCGGUUCAUGUCCACUUUGCCUAA